AUGGGUGAUGGAGGAGCUCUGAGAACAGAGGGAAAUGCCCUGCUGAAGGCUGUAUUCCAAGGCAAGCUUCGUCUUGCCCGUUUGUUACUGGAGGGAGGUGCAUAUAUCAAUGAAGGAAAUGAGCGAGGGGAGACACCCAUCAUGGCUGCCUGCAUGGCAGGAUAUGACGACUUACAGACACGUCAGAAAAUGGUACGCUAUCUUCUAGAGAAAGGCGCUGACUUGAAUAUCCCUGAUAAAUCAGGCCGGACUGCCUUGAUGCACGCAUGUUCUGAGCGGGCUGGCAAAGAUGUUGUGUCACUACUCUUGGAGAAUGGAGCAGACCCAAGUCUCAAAGACUAUUCUGGGUCCUCAGCUCUAAUGCAUGCCAUCAACAGAGGUGAUCGAGAAACCCUGCAGAUACUUCUAGAUGCCUGUAAAGCCAAAGGCAAAGAGGUGAUCAUUAUAACCACAGAUACCUCACCCUCAGGCACAAAGAAGACCAAGCAGUACCUGAACUCUCCACCUUCACCAGGUGUAGUUGACAAACUCUCACCAGCCUGCAUGUCUCCAUCAGAGGUAGAGAUCCGAACCUCAAACUCACCUGCUGGAGAAGAGGAAGAAGGUAUCUUUAGCUUUGCUCUAACUUCUGCCCUCCCGUUGCCCUCCAACAGGCCGCCAGGUGAGAGGAGACCACCUCCACGCAAACUUCUCAAAAGACUGAACUCAGAGCCCUGGGGCCUAGUGGCACCAAGCGUACUGGCUGAGAGAGGUGAGAUGUUGGAGGGUAGCCUAGCAGAAGAGGACAAGGUGGUGUCAGAGAUGAAUGGCAUGUCAAUCUCUGGUCCAGGCAGACCACUGCUCUCACGCAGACACAGCAUUGAAACUCAUGACCCCUGCUCACCGAAGCUGAUUGACCGCUCCUGCUCAGAAGAUUGUGCAGCCCUCUGUGGUUCCUCUUGGGCUGACAAGGUGCAGCAGCAUCAGUCACUGUACCGCAGAAACACAGCGCCUGAGUCACAAGAGAAUGCUGGUCAUAACCGUGCUCUGGCUCACCCCAAACUUACACGCAUGGAGCACUAUGAGUCAGAUACACACCUAUGUCCUGAGUCCAUUCCUGGGUCUCCAGAUUCAGGUCGUGUGUCCGUGGAGCGCCGCAAGUACAAUGCCUCACCACUAUCGCUAGUUGCCAGUUCCUCACGGGAAUCCCUGGAGAGCAUCCCGAGCUCAGUGUCCCCCAUCACCAUGAGGAGGAGACCCCCAAGCUUGCUGGAGCGGAGAGGUUCUGGCACACUCCUGCUGGACCACAUCUCACACACUCGGCCUGGAUUUCUUCCCCCACUCAAUGUCAACCCCCAGCGACCCAUCCCGGACAUCCGGACCAAUGGCAAGCCCUCUUCACCUGUGCACUCUGGAAACAAGAUCCUGCUGCCUGUAGCACCCACAUCACCAAAGCGUGUUCUGGAUUUCAAGAUGAAGAAGAAGUUGAUGAGGAGGCACUCCAUGCAGACAGAACAGAUGAAGCAGCUCUCCACCUUUCAGGAGCUAAUCGCAGAGAAGGUCAUGGAGGUCAAUGGAGACUAAGAGUUAUGGGAGAAUCUCUCUUUCUCUCUGUCACUCACUCACUCUUACAGACACACACACCUUUACCACUAGAU